AUGGUGAAGCCGCCGCCGCUGCCCCCCUUCGCCGCCGCCGUCCUCCUCCUGGUCUCCACCUUCCCUUCCUCAGUGCCCAGGGAAGAGAGCCAGAUUCUUCUGCAGAUCAAGAAGGAGUGGGCGAACCCGCCUUCUCUCAGCUCCUGGACAGAUCCUUCUUCUUCUUCAUCGUCUUCCACCUCCGCCCACUGCGGUUGGAAUGGCGUCGAGUGCAACUCAAAUGGCUCAGUCAUCUCCCUCUCUCUCGUCGACCAGGGAAUUCGUGGCAGCGUUCCCGCCGCCACCUGCGAGCUCAAGAACCUCUCCUCCCUCAACCUCUACAACAACUCCAUCGGAGGCGGCUUCCCUACAUCGCUCUACGACUGCAAGAACCUCCGAGAGCUCAACCUGUCACAGAACCUGCUCGUCGGCGGGAUCCCCGGAGACGUGAGCAGGCUAUCCUCGCUGCAAUUACUCGACCUCUCGUACAACAACCUCUCUGGCGACAUACCCGCCGCCAUCGCCCUCAUCCCGGGGCUUCGCCAUCUCAGCCUCCAGAGAAACCUCUUCAACGGGAGCUUCCCCAAGGAGCUCGGGGAGAUGGCGGCGCUCGAGUAUCUCUCUCUGGCGAUUAAUCCUUUCCGGUCGACGAUGAUCCCCCCGGAGCUGGGGAGGAUGAAGAAGCUCAAAUUCCUCUGGAUUUCUCAGGCUUCACUUGUAGGACCCAUCCCGGAGACGAUCGGCGAUCUGACGGAGCUCGAGCACCUGAACUUGGCGAUGAACAAUCUCAGCGGGACGGUCCCCGCCAAGAUCUGGCAGCUGGGGAAGCUUCAGAAAUUGUUUCUCUACGAGAACAAGCUGUCGGGAGAGAUUCAUGAAGUCAACGCUUUAAACCUGACGAAGAUUGACCUCUGCAUGAACAAUCUCAGCGGCCCCAUGCCGGAGGGCUUCGGUAAACUGCUCAAUCUGAAUUCUCUGGUACUCUACAACAACAAAUUCACCGGCCAGAUUCCCCAGGGUAUCAGCAAGAUACCCAACUUGGAAGAUAUUCGCCUGUUCAACAACCUCUUCACCGGCGUCGUUCCUCCAGAAUUAGGACAACACUCCAAGCUGAUCUACCUCGAGGUCGACGGAAACAGACUCCAAGGCGGACUGCCGGAAAACCUGUGCGCAAAUGGGGCGCUGAAUUCUGUGGCGGCGUUCGACAACCAGCUUACAGGGAGCUUGCCGGAAUCCCUUGGCCAUUGCCAGACUCUGCGGUACAUUCAGCUACAGGGCAACCGGCUCUCCGGCGAAAUUCCCGCCGGAAUCUGGUCCUUGCCGAGCUUGGAUUUCUUACGGAUGGGUGGUAAUGAGUUCGCCGGAGAGUUGCCGGAGACCUUGCCGCCGUCCCUCUCUCGGCUGGAGAUUGAAAACAACAUGUUCUCCGGCAGGUUGCCGUUGUCCUCCCAGAGCCUGAAGAUCUUUUGGGCAAGCAACAACUCGUUCUCCGGCGAGCUCCCGUCCAACCUGACGGUCAUGGCCCAGAUCGACCAGCUCCUCCUGGACGGGAACCGGAUCUCCGGUGAGAUCCCGCCGGCGAUCCAGGAGUUGACUGCUGUCACCGUAAUCGACCUCAGUAGGAACCGGCUCAGCGGGAGAAUCCCCGGCGAGCUGGGCUCCCUUUCUCAGCUGACUUCCCUGGACCUGUCGGAGAACCAGCUCUCUGAGGGGAUUCCGCCGGAGAUCGGAAGCCUGAAGCUAAGCUUUCUAGACCUCUCCUCCAACUCCCUCUCCGGCGAGGUUCCGACGGCGCUACAGAUCGCAGCGUACGACGGCAGCUUCCGUUCAAAUCCCAGGCUCUGCACCUUCUCCACCUCGCCGUUGAAUCUGCCCCCCUGCGCCGGCGCCGGCGCCGGCUCCGGCGGGAUACCCAGAUGGCUGCUCACCUUGGUCCUUGUGCUUGCCGCCGUCGUCAUCUUCUGCUCGUCACUCUCCAUCUUCCUCAUCAGGGGGCACCGGAGGGGGAGGAAACCCACCGCCGCUGAUCUUCUUGCCUCGUGGAAGUUCACCUCCUUCCAGUUGGUGGACUUCCGAGAAUCCGCCAUCAUCCGCGGCCUGCAUUCCGGCAAUCUCAUCGGCAGCGGCGGCUCCGGGCAGGUCUACCGGAUCCCCACCGGUGGCAGAGCCACCGCCGUGGUGGCGGUGAAGAAGAUCUGGAGCGCCCAGAAGAUGAUGAACCCGAAACUCUCGCAGGAGUUCCUCUCGGAGGUCAACAUUCUCGGUUCCAUUCGCCACACCAACAUCGUCAAGCUACUCGCCUUCGUCUCCGGCGCCGACUCGAUGCUCCUGGUCUACGAGUUCAUGGCGAACGGGAGCCUCGAGGGCUGGCUCCACAGCGCUUCUCCAGAGAAACGGGAAGCUCUGGACUGGCCCAGGAGGCUGAGCAUCGCCAUUGGCGUCGCUCAGGGCCUCUGUUACAUGCACCAUGACUGCAACCCCCCGAUCAUCCACCGAGACGUGAAGUCCAGCAACAUCCUUCUGGACUCCGAGUUCUGCCCCAAGGUCGCCGACUUUGGCCUCGCCAGGUUCAUGGACGGCGCCGGCGAGCCCGAACUGGCCUCCUCCGUCGCCGGCUCAGUGGGCUACAUGGCACCGGAGUGCGCCUACUCGAGGCGGGUCAACGAGAAAGCCGACGUAUACAGCUUCGGUGUAGUUCUGCUGGAGCUGAUCACCAAAAAGCCCGCCAGCGAGGGGCAGAGCUCCCUCGUGGAGUGGGCCUGGCGGCGCUUCCAGGAGAGUGCCACCCUGCCGCUCGAGGAGACGGCGGCGGCGGCGACUGCCCAGCACUUGGAGCAGAUGACGGCGGUUCUGCGGCUGGCCCUCUUCUGCACGGGCACCCUGCCGUCGGCGCGGCCGUCGAUGAAGGAGGUCUUGCAGGUGCUGCUCCGGCUGGCGGAGAAGGAGGAAUCCCAGAAUCAGACGGCCAUCGCCGUCGAGCACGACGUCGCUCCGCUUCUGCGAUACGCGAGCAAGAAUCGCUCCAGAAGGAAGAGCCCCUCUGGUGGGCCCGACGGAGGCGAAGGGGACGAUGAUCUCAGUAAUAUCCUCAGCUGUAAUAAUGUUUAG